UGGUGGGGUUACUAUCGAUUUUGUGCAUGAACUGCGGGGAAACGAUACAUUUCAUAUCGGUGAAGCGGUUCAGUCCUAAAUCAGGAGGACUGCAACGAUCCAUCCUGCUCACCUAAAGCUUUGAAUGUCUGAGAUUUAGACAUGCCCCGCUAUCUGGAUUCAAAGACUGUAUUAAUCUAUGUGGCAACAUUAAUUCUAGUUUUAGCAAAUGUUAAUGGUCAAGACGAAGAUGAUCUGGAACCAGGUAGCUGUACACAUGAUGGCCAGCACUACAGUGAUAAAAACGUGUGGAAACCUGAGCCGUGUCGGAUCUGCGUUUGUGAUACCGGCACGGUCCUCUGCGAUGAGAUAGUCUGUGAGAAGCUGAAGGACUGCCCCAAACCCGAGAUACCAUUUGGAGAGUGUUGCCCCAUCUGUGCUGCCGAACAACCUGCCGCUGGUGAGGUGCCAGGUGUUAAGGGGCAGAAGGGUGAACCAGGAGAUGUUACAGAAGUUGUUGGACCAAGAGGACAGCUAGGUCCAAUGGGACCCCCAGGAGAGCAGGGACCACGUGGAAGGAGAGGAGAAAAAGGAGAGAAAGGAACCCUUGGCCCCCGUGGCGGUGAUGGCGAGCCUGGCAUACCUGGAAACCCUGGGCCGCCUGGACCGUCUGGAAAUAAUGUUAUGUCUGGCCAGGGUGGAAACUUUGCAUCUCAUAUGGCCGGUGGAUUUGAUGACAAAACUGGUGCACAGAUGGGUAUGAUGCAAGGACCAAUGGGUCCUAUGGGGCAGAGAGGACCACCUGGGCCCACUGGAGCACCUGGCCCACAUGGUUUCCAAGGCAAUCCUGGAGAGAGUGGAGAGCCAGGGGGUAGCGGCCAUAUGGGUCCACGUGGUCCUCCUGGAUCUCCUGGCAAACCUGGAGAUGAUGGUGAACCUGGCAAGCCUGGUAAUUCUGGGGAACGUGGCGCUGCUGGACCACAGGGAACUCGAGGAUUUCCAGGUACUCCUGGUCUGCCUGGAAUCAAAGGACACAGAGGCUUUUCAGGUCUUAGUGGGGCAAAAGGUGAAGUUGGAGCUGCCGGAGCUAAGGGUGAGGCUGGUUCUACUGGUGAAACUGGCGCUCCUGGACCAAUGGGUCCACGUGGUCUUCCAGGAGAAAGAGGACGGCCAGGACCUUCAGGACCCAUAGGUGCUCGUGGAAAUGAUGGUGUGUCUGGUCCUGCUGGUCCUUCAGGUCCUCUUGGACCUUCUGGAACUCCAGGUUUUCCCGGUCUUCCAGGCGCUAAGGGUGAAGCUGGCCCCACUGGAGCCAGAGGACCCGAGGGAGCUCAGGGACCCCGUGGAGAAACUGGCUUGCCUGGAUUUUCUGGCCCUGGUGGAGCCCCUGGCAAUUCUGGUGCAGACGGUAAUCCUGGAGCUAAAGGAUCUGCGGGAGCGUCUGGUAUUGCUGGAGGUCCUGGUUUUCCAGGCCCCCGUGGGCCUCCUGGACCUCAAGGAGCAACAGGACCUCUUGGACCAAAAGGGCAGUCUGGUGAUUCUGGCAUUGCAGGGUUCAAGGGUGAAGCAGGCCCCAAGGGUGAAAUAGGUCGUGGUGGUUCUCAAGGUCUUCUUGGCCCUUCCGGAGAGGAGGGUAAACGAGGCCUCAGAGGAGAUCCUGGUGCUGCUGGACCCAUCGGACCCACUGGAGAGAGAGGUGCUCCUGGUAACCGUGGUUUCCCAGGGCAGGAUGGUUUGGCAGGUCCUAAGGGCAGUCCGGGUGAGCGUGGACCCCCCGGAGUUCUAGGGCCUAAGGGCGCCAUCGGUGAUCCUGGUCGACCUGGCGAGCCUGGUCUUCCUGGUGCUCGAGGUCUGACUGGACGCACUGGUGACGCUGGGCCACAGGGCAAAGUUGGUCCAUCUGGAGCACCCGGUGAAGACGGUCGUUCCGGCUCUUCUGGCCCUCAGGGGGCUCGUGGUCAGCCUGGAACAAUGGGAAUCCCUGGACCCAAGGGUGCCAGUGGUGAACCUGGUAAACCUGGUGAGAAAGGCCUUGCUGGUGCUCUUGGUCUACGGGGGAUGCCUGGGAAAGACGGUGAAACAGGUGCUUCGGGACCUCCUGGCCCUGCCGGCUCUGCUGGAGACAGAGGAGAACAAGGUCAACCUGGGCCUUCUGGUUUCCAAGGUUUGCCAGGGCCUCCAGGACCUCCGGGUGAGGGGGGUAAACCUGGUGAUCAGGGAGUCCCAGGAGAGGGUGGUACUGCAGGCCCAACUGGACCCAGGGGUGAGCGAGGCUUUCCAGGAGAGAGAGGAGGUGCUGGGCCCCAGGGUCUUCAGGGAACACGUGGUCUUCCUGGAACUCCAGGAACUGAUGGGCUCAAGGGAGCAGUUGGCCCUGCUGGAGCCGCUGGUUCUCAGGGCCCUCCUGGUCUACAAGGAAUGCCAGGUGAAAGAGGACCUUCCGGUGUUUCAGGACCUAAAGGUGACAAAGGAGACACUGGUGAAAAAGGAAUUGAGGGCGCUCCUGGCAAAGACGGCCUACGAGGGUUAACUGGCUCAAUUGGUCCUACUGGUCCUGCUGGUCCUAAUGGGGAGAAGGGAGAGUCUGGUCCUGCUGGACCUCGUGGACCUGUCGGUACUCGUGGUGGUCAUGGUGACAGGGGUGAUACUGGCCCUACUGGCCCUGUUGGUUUUUCUGGUCCUCCUGGAGUAGAUGGUCAGUCUGGUUCUAAGGGAGACCCAGGAGAAGGUGGACAGAAAGGUGACGCAGGGUCUGCUGGUCCUCAGGGGCUGUCUGGGGCACCGGGACCUCAGGGACCGACUGGCGUUUCCGGGCCUAAAGGUGCUCGUGGAGCUCAGGGACCUCCUGGUGCGACUGGUUUUCCUGGAGCUGCUGGCAGAGUUGGGCCACCUGGUCCUAAUGGUAAUCCUGGUACUGCCGGCCCUGCUGGUACCCCCGGAAAGGAUGGUCCCAAAGGUGUUCGUGGUGACGCCGGCCCCACAGGCAGACAGGGUGAUGCGGGUUUGCGGGGUUCAGCUGGUCCUAAUGGUGAGAAGGGAGAGGCAGGCGAGGAUGGUCCUCCUGGUCCAGAUGGUCCAGCAGGUCCUCAGGGUCUUGCUGGACAACGUGGUAUUGUUGGUCUUCCAGGACAACGUGGUGAAAGAGGCUUUCCUGGUCUGCCAGGACCUUCUGGUGAACCUGGUAAGCAAGGAACUCCCGGUGGACCUGGAGACCGUGGGCCUCCUGGCCCUGUAGGAGCUCCUGGACAGACUGGACCCAUUGGAGAGCCUGGUAGAGAGGGUAACCCUGGCACUGACGGUCCUCCAGGCCGAGAUGGUGCCGCAGGAAUAAAGGGUGAUCGAGGUGCAAAUGGCCCAUCUGGGGCUCCUGGUGCACCUGGGGCUCCUGGUGCUUCUGGGCCAGUUGGUCCCACUGGUAAACAGGGGAACAGAGGAGAAGCUGGACCCAAGGGACCGGCUGGAUCAUCUGGACCUGCUGGAGCUAGAGGAAUGCCUGGGCCCCAAGGACCCCGUGGAGAUAAAGGAGAGGAUGGCGAUAUUGGAGAAAGAGGACAAAAAGGUCAUAGAGGAUUUACAGGUCUUCAGGGUCUACCUGGGGCUCCGGGUCAAGUUGGUGACCAAGGUGCUUCUGGACCUGCUGGCCCAAGUGGCGCAAGAGGACUCCCUGGCCCUGUUGGUCCGGCUGGAAAGGAUGGAGCUGUUGGCCUUCCUGGCCCAAUCGGACCUCCUGGCCCACGUGGCCGUUCUGGGGAAAGUGGACCAGCUGGACUACCGGGGACCCCUGGACCUCCAGGACCUCCUGGUCAACCUGGACCUAGCAUAGACAUGUCCGCCUUCUCUGGUCUGUCUCACCCGGACAGCGCCGCUGACCCUCUGAUCUACAUGAGAGCUGACCAGGCCGCGGAAGGGCCCCAGCAGGACGAUACAGAAGUAGAUGCCACCCUCAAGUCUCUGAAUAGCCAAAUUGAGAACAUCCGCAGCCCUGACGGUUCUAGGAAGAAUCCUGCUCGUACCUGCAAGGACCUGAAACAGUGCCAGCCUGGCUGGAAAAGUGGAGAGUAUUGGAUCGAUCCUAACCAAGGCUCCCCGGUCGAUGCCAUCAAGGUUCACUGCAACAUGGAAACCGGGGAGACUUGCAUCCUUCCAAGACCAGAUAAAAUUCCUCGCAAAAAAUGGUGGAGCAGCAAGAGUGGUACUCGUAAACACAUCUGGUUUGGAGAAUCAAUGAACGGUGGAUUCCGUUUCAGCUAUGGCGAGCACACUCUUGCACGUAACACGGCGAGCAUCCAGAUGACUUUCUUGAGGCUGCUGUCUACCGAAGCUUCACAGAAUAUUACAUACCACUGCAAGAACAGCGUGGCGUACAUGGACGGGACUGCAGGGAACUUAAAGAAGGCUCUGCUUCUGCACGGCUCUGAUAAUGUGGAGAUCAGUGCUGAAGGCAAUAGACGCUUUACAUAUAGUGUGCUAGAGGAUGGCUGUACGAGGUACACGGGACAGUGGGGAAGGACAGUAAUUGAGUACAAGUCACAGAAAACAUCUCGUCUGCCCAUUGUGGACAUAGCCCCUAUAGACAUCGGUGGAGACAAUCAAGAGUUUGGAGUUGAUGUUGGUGCAGUCUGUUUCUUAUAAGGUACGACAGAUGGAAGGAGAAGAAAAAAUAACUAAAGACACAAGUGAAGACCAAAAGACACGUUUUUUCAUCGGCAGGGGUUUAAAACACUUGCCAUAUUAUAAAAUAAAUUUUUUGUGACAUACUCAUCCAUGUUUAAAUAGUGCACCUCCAGAGCCACCAGUCACCACCUAACUUCUCACCAGCAGUAUUCUCUGAGCCAUUCCUGCCUCCACAGGUCCUGCACGAAUGCUAUUCGCUUAAAUCUGUUUCUAGCCAAAGAAAACCUUGCUGAUUUUAAAUAUUAACAUGCACAGUAUAAUGUAUUUAUUGUCAAGUUGUUUCUUAAAAACGUUCUCCGUGUGAAUUAUUGCAGUUGACAAACUUUUUUUAUAUGUAUACUUAUAUAUUGGACUCUACAAGACCUCUGAAGGUGUCCUGUGGAAUAAGGCACCAAGACAACGAGCAAAGUUCUGUAAGUUGCAAAGUGAUCAGAUGAAGAUCUGGGAAAAUGGAGGCCAAGUCAACAGCUUGAAUUCAGUCAUGUACCUCAAAGCAUUUGUGAAAAAUUUUUUGCAGUAUGACAGGGUGCAUCAUCCUUCUAAAAGAGGUCACUGCCAUUAGGGAAUAUCUUUACAAACAGGGGUUGUACUUGUAUCAAUAUAACGGUAGGCGGUGCAUGUCAGUGUACCCAAGGUUUCCUAGCAGGACACUGCCCAGAGCACCACUUCUUGCACCUUCUUCCCAUACUGCAUCCUGCUGCCAUCUUUUCCCUGGGUAAAUCAAUGCAUACCUACUCAGGAUUCCAGAUCCAUAAGAGCAGGCCACUUUCUUCCAUUGCUCUAUGGUCCAGUUCUGAUACUCACUUGCUUAUUGUAGGUCAGGACAGUGGUCAGCAUGCAGCAAUUUGUUCGAAAGUAGCUCUUCUGUAGGAUCAUACCAGAUGGGUUAGCCUUGUGCAUCAAUGAUGCUUGGAUGUCCAUGACCUUUGUCGUCCUUUCUUGGACCACUUGUGGUAGUUACUAACCACUGCAAUUUUGGAGACGCUCUGACCCAGUCUAACCCUUCUCAAAAUUGCUCAGAUCCUUACAUAUUCCCAAUUUCCAGCUUUUUACCUAUUACAUCCCACCCAUUGACAUGUGCUAUUGUAAGAUAAUCAAUGGUAUUCAUAACCUGUCCGUGGUUUUAAUUUCCUGGCUGAUCGAUGUGUGUAUAUAUACGGCUGAAAUGGCUUUUUUUCCCUUUUUCAUGUGUUUUAAAUGACUGUUUGGUGCUAUUGUUAAACAGACUAAUUGUAAUGACUCUACAUAUACUGUAGAUAUGAAAUAAAUAGAUCAUGUGUGUAUACAUGCUAAUUUAUAUAUGUUUAUGCUUACAUAUACAAGUAUAUAAAAAAGAAAGAAAGCGAGGAAUAGUUUGUA